CCUUAAAUCACCUUGGCCUUGCCUGCCCCGCUUUGAGCUUCUUGGCUCUUGUUAGAAACACACACUGAAAAUGUAGCAGGCCCUCCCUUUGGAGACUGGACCGGGUUACAAUGUUUCUGUUGUUCCCACCAUGUUUCCCCCUUAUUCAUCAGACAUCCCAUGUUCAAAAAUGGAGGAAAACUCCUGGGAUAGGUUCUUUAAUAAUCCGUUAGUCCGUUAAGCAGGUGCAGUAGCGAUUUGGUCAGGUCCGGUCACUGACCCCACGACUAAUUUGGGCUGGAUCGCCUGUUAGCUAAAGUUUGUGUUUUUCUCAGAACCAUGAGACUUUCUGAUUGGCCGAGUCCAGCUGUGCCUUCUCCCCAAUUCCUUGUUUGCUCAAGGCUUCUAUUGAUCUCUUAAUUGUUCUGUGGAGUUUUAACCUUCCUCAGCCUCUCCAUUUGGAAAACCUCUUGGUCAUGGUCCCCACCAUCUCACCCUACCCAAGGCUUGCAACACUCUGGAAACCCAAGUUUCCAGGACUUCCCUCACUCCAGCAGGCUCCGCCCAACUCUGGCCAGAGCCCCUCCCACGGGGCUGAGCCAGACCAGUGAGAAUCCUGGCUUUCACCCUGGGCCGAGUGUGGAGACAGUGGGCAGGGCUGGUCCUCGGGUGCUGCUGGGGCCCGAGGGAGCCGGAGCCGGCAGGCACCUUCCCUCUCACCCUCUUUAAGAGCAGUUUAGCAGUUUAUUCAGAGGCCAAGUUAAGGUUUGCGAGCACUGACAGGUUUUGCUUUGGUUUUGGGGGAUUUAAAAAGAAGCAGGAGCAGAUUGAUCUCAGAUGGCUAACUUAUUUAAGAGCUAAGAAUCCCACGAUUUUUCCCAUGGUGCCGAUUUUUAGAAACAAUCUGGCAGACUUUAUUUGGGGGGGUCCUUGAGAAAGGGUCGUAUUAUGAGAGACAUAACAUGAGGGACGGUGGUUUUAGAGCAUUUGAAUUUCAGCUGGCUCUUUGGCUUAGUAAGUAGUUUUAAAAAUCUCCAGAAGAUGACUUAGCAUUGUGUUUUGGAAUUACCACUUUAGUAUUUGGAAAUCAAGUUCACCUUGAUUCAAUGCAUAACUGGGAGAAGUUGGGUGUGUUUUGAGCUUUGUUAGCUUGUCUUAAACCUUUCUUUGCCUGCCAAGAGAAACAAAAUUCUUUUCACAAUGGCAGCAGUCUUGCUUAAAAUAAAUGAGAAAUAUUUCAAGAAUUAUUUGUGAUUUUGGAAGAAAGCCAUGAAGAUCAUAAAGAAUGUUAUGAACGACGUCUCGUUUAACAAAAAUACCUGGAAAUGGCACAUUCAGGAUCCAGCAAGCCAGCGGUUGACAUGGAACAAAUCUCCAAAGAGUGUCCUUGUAAUAAAAAAGAUACGAGACGCCAGUCUCCUGCAGCCUUUUAAAGCCCUCUGUGCGUAUCUUAUGGAGGAAAACAACAUGAUUGUUUAUGUGGAAAAAAAAGUUCUAGAAGACCCUGCCAUAGUGAAUGAUGAAAAUUUUGGAACCGUGAAGAAGAAAUUUUGUACCUUCAGGGAAGAUUACGACGACAUCUCCAAUCAGAUAGACUUCAUUAUCUGCCUGGGAGGUGAUGGGACCUUGCUUUAUGCUUCUUCACUUUUCCAGGGCAGCGUGCCUCCGGUUAUGGCCUUCCACCUGGGAUCCCUCGGCUUUCUCACCCCAUUCAACUUUGAGAACUUCCAGUCCCAAGUGACUCAGGUGAUCGAAGGAAACGCUGCCAUCGUUCUCCGGAGCAGGCUCAAGGUCAAGGUGGUCAAGGAGUUCCGGGAAAAGAAAGCCACGCUGCAGAAUGGCAUCGAGGAGAACGGGGUGCUGCCCGCCGGCCUGGAAAAGGACAGUAACAGGCUGAUGAUGCACUACCAGGUUCUGAACGAGGUGGUGAUCGAUCGGGGCCCCUCCUCAUACCUCUCGAAUGUGGACGUUUAUCUGGACGGACACCUGAUAACCACAGUCCAAGGGGAUGGAGUGAUCGUGUCCACGCCCACGGGGAGCACAGCAUAUGCCGCUGCCGCCGGAGCCUCCAUGAUUCACCCCAACGUCCCUGCCAUCAUGAUCACGCCCAUCUGUCCCCACUCGCUGUCCUUCCGGCCCAUUGUGGUGCCCGCCGGCGUGGAGCUCAAGAUCACACUGUCACCGGAAGCUCGGAACACAGCGUGGGUUUCAUUUGAUGGGCGGAGGAGACAAGAAAUCUGCCAUGGAGACAGCAUCAGCAUCACUACCUCUUGUUACCCUCUCCCCUCCAUCUGUUUCCGGGACCCGGUGAGUGACUGGUUUGAGAGCUUGGCCGAGUGUCUGCACUGGAACGUCCGGAAAAAGCAGAACCACUUCACCGAGGAGGAAGAGGAGUUCUAGGGGGCCGGCGGCGCCCCGCCAUGGCCACGAUCCGGGGGGAACCGUGUGCAAAUCCUUUCAAUGUGUUCUUUUAUCUUCAGCCCCAGCCCCUGGAACUUGACCAAUCUGUGUGCGUCCGUGUCUGUAAAUAUAUAGAGAGAUAUAAUAUAUCUAUUUUUGAAUACGGUGAUGUACCUCAUAUCAAUUGUCUGAUCUGCUGAUGACCAGAUAUCAUGUUAUUUCCUAUCCACUGGCCAAAGGAAAGAGUUAAAAAUUUGUCUUUUUGUCAACCAAAUUGACUUUGUUUAAUGUUUUGGAUUCAGUUUCCUUUUGUGUUUUCUAAAAUAAGAAAAAUUAGAAACGAGGCGGCAUUUGAGAGCACGAAUUCACCUGCUCAUUUAUAGUUUCCAAUUCAGAGCGAUUUUCUAUGCCGAAAUUAAAAAUGUGACAUUACGAUAGUCUGCAUCCUUCCUAUUUGUGAUUCCACAUGUAUGGAGUUUUCAUAGAUCGGCCUAUUUCAAAUUCAGAGGGGACACGGAUGACUUCAUCGGUCCUUUGGACUCUAAAACAAAAAAACCUGUUCUUUGAUGUUUGAAUAAAUGGAUCACAGCCAAAUGUCUUCCUUCAGCAGAUGAUUCUAAAAUACUUUCCCCCUCUGUGUACAUAUAAUUUAUCUUUAUUUUUCCUAAGACUAUCAGGGGAAACGCUUCUGCAGAGAUAAAAUUAAAAGGACAUUUUAGGUAGUCAUUUGGAAGGAUUGUGAUUUGUUUUUGUCUUUGAGGUUAUGUGAACAGCCCUCCCUCUGAGUCAGUGGCGGCCUUGCCUUUCCCUGGGGCCCAUGGCUCUGGCUGCUGGUGCUCCCCCUCCCCCCAGGCCCCCAUGGACCCUUUGACCAGCAUCGGAGAGAGUUCUUUUUUCUUCCCUACUUAACUCUAGUAAAGGAGAAAAAAAAUCCAAGCAGAGCUCGGACCCGAAGGCGCCUGGAGUUCUGGCUCCCGGAGGCCUCUCCGGUCGGUCCCCAGCUUCCCCCGUGCCCCAGAAAGCAGCAGGACGGGACGGAUGGCCUUGCCCCAGGAGGCCGAUCAGACACUGCCCACAUUCCUCACCUAGCAACCACGGUGCCUUCAGCACGCGCCAAGAGACUUUCCAUCGAGACGGACUUUAUAACAAUUCUGCUCGACUUCCAGAAGGCCCCGAGGGUCUGAGUUGGUCCUGACGCAAAGUAGCCACGUGGGGGUCCUACGUGGUCACGCUGCUGGCCAGCCCAGAGAGGGGGCCACGGGCAAGGAGCAGGGAAAGGAAGGGGCGGCUCUGACACUCUAUGGCCCAUGAGAUGGAUUUGAUGGUGGCGACUCACAUUAGCGAAAGGAGAGCAGGGGACUGGGAAAUCCCCCCGCAACCUGGACGGCUUUUCUCUCUCCUGCCCUCCUCCUCGGGUCCGCUUUGUCGAUCAAGAUGGGAGAGCUUUGCAAAAACCAAGCUCUCGAGGGAACCGUGUCAAUUCGACUUGGAAAUUAUGUACGUGGAUGUAAAUUACCAGUCUGUACAGGUUUUGUGAAGUUUGGGGUGCGUUGUGGUUUGGGUAAGCGAGCCCCAUCAGGCGAGGGUCUGAAUGGGCUCAGGUGGGCUUUAGUGCUUCAUUUUUCACGUGUAAGUAUGAUGUAGCUUCUCUCUCAAUGCUUACUAUUUCCUCGAGGAAUUAAUUGAGAUAACUAUUUCCUUUCUGAUUUUUUUUCCAUUGAAAUAGU